AUGAAUGAAUGGUACGUUGCGGACUCUGACUCGGAAGACGUGGCUGAAGCUAUGAGACAAGAUGGAACGGAGGAUGGAAUGGACGAGGAGGAGGACGACCCUCUUUGUCCUCCGAUACACUUCACGGCAGCCGAGGAAAGAAAGUACUGCAGGGAAUAUAGGUCAGCGCUGGUGGUGAAGGUCCUGGGGAAGUCUGUCUCAUACACAGGCGUCUCGAACAGGCUGAAUACCAUAUGGGCAAAGGCGGGUGGUAUCCAAGUGGCAUCGACUAAGAAUGGGUAUUACCUUGUACGUUUCACGAGUGAGAUUGACUAUGAACGCACAGUAACGGGAGGACCGUGGAUGAUGGGGGAUAAUUAUAUUACUGUGCACAUGUGGGACAAACAUUUGAACCCCUACAACCACGAAAUUCUGAUAACCUUGGUGUGGGCCCGCCUUCUCGACAUCCCUGCCCACUAUUUCCACCCGGAGGCUGUGAUGAAGAUAGGUCAGCGGAUCGGCAAGCCUAUUCGAGUGUAUCAAGCAACAAGGACAGGGGCUCGUCUAGACUACGCUAGGGUUUGCGUUCAGGUGGAUCUUACUAAACCACUACUAUCUCAGUUCAGAAUACAUGGGAUCAAGUACUUUAUCCAGUACGAAGGGUUGGAAAGGACCUGUCUCAAGUGCGGCACGUACUCGACGGGUGGUCACUGCUCCUGCAAGUCUAGUCCAGUGGAAACGGAGUCGGGCACCAUUGACGUGCAUGCUACUCCCAAGGAAUCGACACACGACCCAGUGCCCCAAACCGCGGAGCCAAAAGCGGUGUAUGGGGACUGGAUGAUCGCAAAAAGGAAACCGCGGAGUCGACAGGAGGCCCCAGGCUCGUCGAUUGGGAUGAACAGUGCACAGGACCAAGGAAACAUCAAGGAAAAGAGUAGGGGGUCCAGGUUUGCUGUGUUGGGUGAUGAGGUUAUUGUCGAGACAGAAGCUGUUAAAACAGCCGAGAGCGGCCUGAAUGAGCAGCACAGCAGCCAGGGAAACAGGCAGGCCUCAUCCAGUGCUCCAGUGUCUCGGAAACGGAAUGAGGCGAACAAAGGAAAGGCAGUGGCAAAUGAUCCCCAAGUGAUCCAAAAGGCCUCGCCUACUGUGGACAGUGAAAGAAGGGUGCUCCCAAUGGACCCUAGUUCACUAGUAUUUAAUGCAGGAACGGGAGUCAACACUUUGCAUGAAGAUCGAGUCGUCAGACCCUCCCCUACACCCAUGGUGUUUCAAGGCCUUUCGGGGGUCUCGACCAUGCCUAGACCCAUACCCACCUCGGCAGCAAAUUCAAACCAGACGGUGACACCCGAACCCCACUCCCGACCGCCUGAUGGUCUCCAGUUUAGCACUGGUCAGAGUCUAGAUGGGUUGGUCAACGAGAAUGCACGGGCAUCAAGCCCGAUGGGAAUGAAAGGGAGACUCAACUGCGAGUCCCCAGUGACCUCAGUGUAA